AUGGCAGCACAACAAAAAGGAAAGUUCACGGUGGGCGACUACCUCGCCCAGCGUCUUGCUGAGGUCGGCGUCCGCCAUCACUUCGUCGUCCCUGGCGACUACAACCUCAUCCUCCUCGACAAGCUACAAGCUCACCCAGAUCUCAAAGAGGUUGGGUGCGCAAACGAGCUCAACUGCUCUCUUGCCGCCGAAGGAUAUGCCCGUGCCAAUGGCGUAUCAGCCUGCGUUGUCACUUACAGCGUGGGUGCCCUCUCGGCCUUCAACGGCACCGGCAGUGCCUACGCAGAGAACCUCCCCCUGAUCCUCAUCAGUGGUUCCCCAAAUACCAAUGACUCCGCACAAUAUCACAUCCUUCAUCAUACGCUCGGCCAUCCAGACUAUACCUACCAGUAUGAGAUGGCCAAGAAGAUCACCUGCUGCGCCCGCCGUCACGACCCCAUCACCAGCGACAAGAACGCUCUCGAGGCCGCCGCCACGUGCGCCUCUGAGUACCUUGACGGCAAGCUCAAGCCCGUGAUCCUAGUCGGCCCCAAGCUCGGGCGUGCCGGUGCCGAGAAAGAGCUCCUGCAGUUCGCCGAAGCCAUGGGAUGUGCCGUGGCCCUGCAACCCGCGGCCAAGGGCAUGUUCCCGGAAGACCACAAGCAGUUCGUCGGCAUUUUCUGGGGGCAAGUCAGCUCCGAUGCCGCAGACUCAAUGGUGCACUGGGCGGACGCCAUGAUCUGCGUCGGCACUAUUUUCAACGACUACAGCACCGUCGGAUGGACUGCCGUGCCUGACAUCCCGCUCAUGUCCAUCGACAUGGACCAUGUUACGUUCCCUGGCGCGCACUUUAGCCGCGUCCGCAUGGGCGAGUUCCUCAGCCACCUGGCCACGCAGGUCACCUUCAACGAGACCACCAUGAUCGAGUACAAGCGGCUUAAGCCCGACCCACCGCACGUGCACACGGCCGCGCGGGAGGACGCGCUCACGCGCAAGGAGAUCUCGCGCCAGUUCGAGAUCGAGAUGCAGUGGGGCCACAUCGGGUGGUCGAUCCCGGCGGCCUUCGGGUACGCCUUGCGCCAUCCGGACCGACACACCAUCGUGCUGAUCGGCGACGGCUCAUUCCAGGUUACGGCCCAGGAGGUCUCGCAGAUGGUGCGCUACAAGGUGCCCAUCACCAUCCUGCUGAUCAACAACAGGGGGUACACGAUCGAGGUCGAGAUCCACGACGGCUCUUACAACAAGAUCAAGAACUGGGACUACGCCAUGCUCGUCCAGGCCUUCAACAGCACCGAUGGCCGUGCCAAGGGUCUUCUGGCUAAUACCGCCGGCGAGCUCACCGAUGCGAUCAAGACGGCUUCGGAACACAAGGAGGGCCCCACGCUCAUCGAGUGCACGAUUGAUCAGGACGAUUGCAGCAAGGAACUCAUCACGUGGGGUCACUACGUGGCGGCUGCGAAUGCGAGGCCUCCCCGUAACAUGUCGGUGCAGGAGUAA